AUGGUCGCUAUUCUGUCAUAUUGUGGAAGUUCGAUUCUCAUGACUGUAACCAAUAAAUAUGUUCUGGGUGGACGAGACUUCAAUCUGAACUUUUUCCUUCUCUGCGUUCAGAGUGUAAUCUGUCUGGCCACAAUUGAGGGCUGCAAACGCGGCGGUCUGAUCACCUAUCGCGAAUUCAACAUGGCUCAAGCCAAGAAAUGGUUCCCCAUCUCUGCACUUCUGGUCGGCAUGAUCUACACCGGAUCAAAAGCACUUGCAUAUCUCACGAUUCCGGUUUACACCAUCUUCAAGAACCUGACAAUCAUCUGCAUUGCUUAUGGCGAAGUGCUCUGCUUCGGAGGCUCGGUGACGCGCAUGGCUCUUGUAUCUUUCGGCUUGAUGGUGCUCAGCUCUGGAAUUGCUGCGUACGCAGAUGCGAAGACCCCUGCUCAGCCCGCUGGUGGUGCGAGUGACGGUGGCUUCCUUUCCAUGUUCAACCCUGGAUAUGUCUGGAUGGCACUCAAUUGCAUCUGUAACGCCGUCUUUGUUCUGGCCAUGAAGGUUCGCAUCAAGGUGACCAACUUCAAGGAUUUCGACACCAUGUACUACAACAACCUUUUGAGCAUUCCCAUUUUGCUAGUGUUCUCCAUUCUGUUCGAGGAUUGGUCUUCUGCCAACGUCGCAUUGAACUUCCCCGCCGACAACCGUACAUGGGUGAUCAGUGCAAUGAUCAUCUCUGGAUUGUCUUCGGUUUUCAUCUCUUACACAUCUGCAUGGUGCGUACGCGUCACUGGUUCGACUACAUACUCCAUGGUCGGCGCUUUGAACAAGCUUCCUCUGGCAAUCAGUGGUCUGCUUUUCUUUGGAAACCCAGUGACCCUCGGCGGUUGCACUGCUAUCGCGCUUGGAUUUGUCAGUGGUCUGGUGUAUGCCUAUGCGAAGAUCAACGAAAAGAAGGCCAAGGAAGCAGAUGUCUUGCCAAUGACCAAGAUGCCCACAACAAGGGAGACUUGA